AUGGCUUCCUUCAAGCUCUUACCUCUCCUCCUCCUCUCCAUCCUCUCCAUUUCCUCCGCAGACAUCCUCCAACCCGACUGCGGUUCCUGCUCCCAACCCACCCCCGCCGUCGACCCCAAACCCCCCGUCGACGUCCCCAAGCUGCCCGUGCCACCUGUCACAGUCCCUAAGCUGCCCGUGCCACCAGUAGCAGUGCCCAAGCUCCCUGUGCCACCUGUCACAGUCCCCAAGCUCCCUGUGCCACCAGUAGCAGUUCCCAAACUGCCUUUGCCACCAGUGGCAGUCCCUAAACUGCCCUUGCCACCAGUAGCAGUGCCCAAGCUCCCUGUGCCACCUGUCACAGUCCCCAAGCUCCCUGUGCCACCAGUAGCAGUUCCCAAACUGCCUUUGCCACCAGUGGCAGUCCCUAAACUGCCCUUGCCACCAGUAGCAGUGCCCAAGCUCCCUGUGCCACCUGUCACAGUCCCCAAGCUCCCUGUGCCACCAGUAGCAGUUCCCAAACUGCCUUUGCCACCAGUGGCAGUCCCUAAACUGCCCUUGCCACCAGUAGCAGUGCCCAAGCUCCCUGUGCCACCUGUCACAGUCCCCAAGCUCCCUGUGCCACCAGUAGCAGUUCCCAAACUGCCUUUGCCACCAGUGGCAGUCCCUAAACUGCCCUUGCCACCAGUAGCAGUGCCCAAGCUCCCUGUGCCACCUGUCACAGUCCCCAAGCUGCCCUUGCCACCAGUAGCAGUCCCUAAACUGCCCUUGCCACCAGUAGCGGUCCCCAAACUGCCCCUACCGCCAGUAGCAGUGCCCAAACUGCCCCUGCCUCCGGUAGCGGAGACACCAAAGGGCAAGAGUGGAUGCCCGCCGCCGCCGAAAAAAGGCAAGGAAGAGACCUGCCCCAUCGACACACUGAAGCUAGGUGCAUGCGUGGACCUUCUAGGAGGGCUUGUGCACGUGGUGGUGGGAGACCCCGCCGUGAACGAGUGCUGCCCCAUCAUCUCCGGCCUCGCCGAGAUCGAAGCCGCUGCCUGCCUCUGCACCACCCUCAAAAUCAAGGCCCUCAACCUCAAAGUCUUCGUUCCCUUAGCUCUCGAGCUCCUCGUCACCUGCGGCAAGACCCCGCCACCCGGCUACACUUGCUCUCUCUAAACAUUUGUGGAAUAUUCAAUUAGCGGACAUGAGAGGAUGUCACAUUUCACAAUUCCAUUUCUUCAAUUUCUAGCUUUUUCCUUGUUAAAUUAUUUAAUUUGCAAUUGUUCAUCAUCAUUUCAUUAUGUAAAACUAGUUCCACGGCGAGGAAACAAUUAUUGAAGAUUGAUGUUUUAAUCUUUUCAAUUGUAAUUAUUUAUUAUUUCUCGGGAAUGAGAUUAAUGUAUUGUGCUUGA